AGUGAAAUUUCAAUCUUUUGGAGUGAAGAAAUUUCACUCCAUUUCGUCUGGUCCUUAAUUUCAAUUGGAGGGAUUGAAUUUUAACUCGAAUAGAGUGAAUAUUCACUCUUCGGAAUUUAGAGAGAAUGCUAGUCUGGUGUCUUGGAGUAUGACUUCAAGACGUUGACAAUCAGUCUGGUUCCCUGGAAUCUGCGGCAAGUACAGCCUACGCACAUUCGUGAAUUAUCUCAUUGGUGAUCGCACUGCAGCUGCUUCUGAGGUACAUGCACGAGCGAACGUGCAAAGCUACAGCAUGCACAGUGUACGUACCGGUCCCCGAGUGAGUCUGCACCGUUCGCACACUGAACCCACAACGUCUUAUAAGCCAACAAUAAUUCAAGAAAUGAGGUCCCAGCUCCAUUAUCGGUGUCAAGAUGUCUGCUAUCUGCAAUCGUGUGGCUAGCGCUACUAAGGUGAAGGCCGCUCUGCAGAACGACUCGGUGCCACUUCUUACCCAUACCCGGCAAGGAUCAGCUUCCCGAUGAUAGUUCCAAAUCGGCUGGGUAUUGUCUCGACAGGGCUUGCUGACGUCCACUUGCACCAUGGGUGUUGUGAUGCGCACUUUCUAUUUGGUCUGUCUACUGGGCGUCUUGUUAUUCAUCUGCAUUGUCCUGCUGAUGGAGUCCAACCAGCAUGCUCACAAGAUCCACGAAGGCGUUCAUGAUGAGCACCCCACAUGGAGGCAACGCAGGAGACCAAAGGUCCACGUUCAGAAAAACCACCGAGAUGUUAAUGAUAUCUUUGGGACUAUGGAGCCGAGCCAACUCAGGAGAGAGGAUGACGACGAUGAGGAUGAUAAUGGAAUCUUUAGCUUCAAACACUUCUCCGAUAUUGGUCAACAAACCAGCAGAGACACUGCAAGUGUGAAGGAAGAGGUGGACGCCAAUAAGUCAGACAUCUUUUCCAUCCUUGAGGGUGGCGGCAGUCGGCCUCAUGCGGAAGUUGGCAAGUCGGGCUCGAAAGAGGCGCGACAGAGAGGCAUGUCAACUGGAGAGCUCACGAAUACCCAUAGAAAACAUAUGAAUAAUAAUGAACCAAAUCCUAGGCAAGAUGGAUCGACUUUGGCGGAACUCAUGCCAACAAAGCAGUUGGAGUCCACAGACAAAAUUAAGGGUGGAAACAGCCUCACUAGGAGAGGCAGCAAGAGAACACUUGGAGAAGAAAGUUUGGCCCGGACCAACAGGCCACCAUCUAAUGAGAAGGUACUGACUGGGAGACUUGAUAUGCAAAACAACAUAGUGCCGCAUGUUUCAAAGCAGAAUAGUGAUAGUAAAACAAGAUCACAAAGGGACGGUCCUCCCAUGAUGCAACAGAUGCAAAGAGGAAAUUUGAGUGAUGCCGAAAAGCAUUCAAAUCGAUAUUUUAACUCUCUUUCGGCAAAAAAACGAUCUGAGAUAAUGGCUCAGAGGAGAGGAGGUGCGAAAUCCCUCGUGGACCAGGCACGGGAGCUCUCCUUUAAGAUGAACCCCCAGCCCAGGCUGAGGCCUGUCAUCAUCGACGAGAACAUCUUGAAGCAGGAGAAUGCCAGCUACCCGCCCUUUGUGAAGACCAACGCCACCCUGACCCGCGUGCUCGCCGUGGGUAGCCUGGCAUCGGGCAAGUGCAAGCCGCUGAACAACCUGGCCAUGAUGAAGACGCACAAGUGCAGCAGUUCCACUCUUCAGAACAUCCUGUACCGCUGGGGGGAUGACCACAAUCUCACCUUUGUCCUGCCCAAGGACGGACCUUACAUCGGUCACCCACAGCCUUUCGAUAUUAAACAUGCGGAGAGAGUGGUUGGGGACAAGUAUAACAUCCUGGCCAACCAUGCCAGAUACAAUGAACUUGGCCUGAAAAAGGUGAUGCCAAGUGACACUGUGUACUUCACCAUCCUUCGAGAUCCUGUUAAACAGUUUGAGAGCGCUUUCACGUACUACAAGUUUGAUGAGCGCUAUGGAGUGGCUGGUCUGCGUGGCUUUCUUAGGCAGCCCGAGAUUUACUUCCAGCGGGAGCCCGUGUUUCCUAGACAAGCUGGCCGGAACCAGAUGCUCUAUGACCUGGGACUGGACGCACGCUUCAUGGACGACACAAGCUCAGAGGUCAGGGAUUACAUCGCCAUGAUUGAGAGAAAUUUCAAGGUGGUGCUGAUCGCGGAGUAUUUUGAAGAGUCCCUGAUCCUUCUCAAGGAUCUGCUGUGCUGGAGCUUAGAUGACAUCGUGUACUUCAAUCAGAACGCCCGCAGCCAAUCCUCUGUCCGUCGUGUCACUGCCAACAUGCGUAGGGAGAUCCUGGAUUGGAAUGCAGCUGAUGUCUCUAUGUACAAUCACUUCAACCGGACGUUGUGGGAGAAAAUCCGGCGCUACGGCCUGGACAGGAUGAAAGGGGAGGUGGCCCAGCUGCGGCUCCGGAACGAGCUGCUGAAAAAAAGAUGCAUCGGGGGGAAACUGGAGUCCCAUGACCCCAGGAUGUGGUACCCGCCGGGCAUCAAGGUGGACAGUUUCGUCCUGAAGCCCACUGCUCGGGGCGAACGGCUGUGUGAGCAGCUGAUCCGGCCCGAGCUGACCUACAUCGACAUCCUGAAGGCCAAGCAGCGGCGAAUCACUGCCAAGCUGGACCUGCGGGAGGAGUUCCUCCGACGCCAUGCUCAGCUCAGAGAUGCCCAGCCGCGGAGAUACCCAAGGAGACGGUCGGAGAGAAUCAGAGGCUGAGGUCUGCCGUGCCAGUAGUCUGCCGUCUCAGAAGCAACAGUACAGAAAUGUAGUCAUCAGUAUUCAAUUAGCCUAGACAGAGGUAUGCAUAGUUCCCAUUAGGGAUUCCUCACCUGUCUGAGAGGCUGAUUUAAUAAAUCAUGGUCUUCAGAUUGAGAAGUACAUUAGUACGUAAGCUUAACAGCUGUAUUUGUAGUACUGAUAAAGUUGACUCCAUGCAUCACCAUUCAUCAGAGUUGUGACUCAGAGCAAAGAGUGUCCCUGAAUCUUUUCCAAUCCAGGUCCUGUUAGGGUUUUCAUGGUGGAGCUUUGCCACCUGUGCAUCUCUAUCAAGGGAGGCCCACUGGUGACUGUCUGCACCAGGAAGGUACAUUGUACUUCAUGCGUCCACCAGCAGAUAUCCUUGCUGGCAUUUUCCUUCAUGCCCUGAUGCGGCUGAGAUUGGAAGUUGGGCUGGGACAGGAAUUUUUCCUGAAUCCUCCCAAACCCACAACUUAAACCAGUGGAUCAUGAUUAGAUCGAAGCCACAUGUACUGUACAUGUUAACCAGUUGCUGCUGAGUUCAGUUAAAAUGGCCAUGCACAAAUACGGUCAUUUUUCAAGAUUUUCCGUUUUCUUAAUUCUUCAAAAAUUCAUCACUUCGUUUACUGGAUGUUUACACCAACACAAAUGACUGUCUGGUGGCUACUUUAAUCUGACAGGCAACAUCUAUUUAUGCCUGAGUACUUCAGCUAGGCCUGUUGCCUUGUAACGAGAGCGAAUAUUGUGUAGUGGUAGAUAAGUUUCUUUUGUUCCCGAAACUGGCACAGUGCACUGCUGGUGUCUGUUCAAUACGGGCCAGAUUAGCAUGCA